GCGACGGAAAUAACAAGCAUGUGACUGAAACAACAACAAGCCAAUAAAAGGAGACAGAUGGAAAACUUAAACCUAAGUGAGAAAAUGACCAAAUAAUUCAGUCUGUCAGUCAUUGCGCUAAGUUUUUGUGACAGCUUUAAGUUCCCCGUGUUCGCUUCUUUUUGUUGCUUAAAAUGAGUACAAACGAUAAUGCAAACUCGGGACUUUACAGCCAAACAGCCCCCAGAGAGUCAGAGGGGAACGAAACAACGCCUUUGCGGCCAAAUAUAAGCAGUGCCAGAGGCGCCUCCUUUGCUUUUUCUGUUUUUAACCUAAUGAAUGCAAUCAUGGGGAGUGGUAUUCUUGGACUUGCUUAUGUCAUGGCAAGCACUGGCAUACUUAGCUUUUGCAUCCUGUUGAUCCUCGUGUCCAGCCUGGCAGGAUAUUCCAUACAUCUUCUCCUCAAGCUCUGUGACCUGACAGGAAUUAGUUCAUACGAAGAUCUGGGCGGACGAGCAUUAAAAAAGACAGGAACAGUCCUUGUUGGAAUUACAAUCCUCAUCCAAAAUGUUGGUGCCAUGUCGUCAUAUUUGUUCAUUUUGAAGUCCGAGCUUCCGGCGGCCAUCGGCAGCAUCCUCAGUCCGGACCAGUCAGGAGAUGUUUGGUAUUUAGACGGCCGACUGGUCCUGAUCCUCAUUACGUUAUGUGUGGUGCUUCCCCUCGCGAUGUUUCCCAAAAUUGGCUUCCUGGGUUACACUAGCAGCCUGGCCUUCUUUUUCAUGCUCUACUUUGUCAUUGUGGUUGUGGUCAAGAAAUGGUCCAUCCCCUGCCCGCUACCACAAAACGUAACAUGCCAGGUAUCAAAUUCCUCUGACAUGGAAUGCACGCCGAGACUUUUCAUUGUCUCCAGUCGGGGUGCCUACGCUAUCCCGACCAUGGCCUUCUCUUUUUUGUGCCACACAGCUGUCCUUCCAAUCUACUGUGAACUGGACCGGCCGAGCAAAUCGAGGAUGCAGAAUGUUGUCAUUGUCAGCAUCAGCCUCAGUUUCCUGCUUUACUUGGUUUCGGCACUUUUUGGUUACCUCACCUUCUACGCUCAUGUAAAGUCUGAGCUUUUACUCAGCUACAAUGCGUACAUGCCACGUGACGUCUUGGUGAUGACGGUUCGGCUCGCCAUCCUUAUUUCAGUGCUGUUGACCGUACCAGUCAUCCACUUUCCCGCUCGUAAGGCCGUGAUCUUAGUGCUGCUUGGAAAUCGUCCAUUUUCCUGGUUGACCCACAUCAUGACCACUCUGGUCAUCCUGGGAGUGGUGCUCUUGCUGGCCAUCUUUGUGCCUGAUAUUCGAAACGUGUUUGGAGUAGUGGGAUCGACCACAUCCAGCUGCCUCUUGUUUGUCUUCCCCGGCCUCUUCUACCUCAAGAUUAGCCGCCAGCCUCUCAGAUCUUUAGACUCCAUCGGGGCGAUGUUCCUGGUGGCCUUUGGAUUAGUCGUGGGCGUCAUCAGCCUCUCAGGCAUCAUUUUCACAUGGGUACAAAGAUUUUAGCCCAUCCCCUCAUUCCUCUUUCUCAAAGCACAAGGGCAAAAAGGGAGAAUUAUACCAAAGAAAAUUUGGGAUGGGAUAAAAUGAUAGACACUUGGUAGUCUGUGUUCCUCAGGCUGUAUAUUUUUCCUGUAAAGUUUUUAUCAUGCAUAAAUAUCACAACAAGACUUUAAGAGCUGACCCCAAUUUCAGGUUGGCUAUCUUUUUGCUUUAAUUUUCCAUUUACCUCAUAAAUAUUUUAAAGGGAUAAUAUUGUUUACAUUCUAAGUUUUCCUCAUUGAAACUCCUGCACCUUUUCAAAUCAAGUGUAUCCCCAAUCUCCCAAAAGUAAUUUUUUGGAAGCACUUAACUGCUUCAUCAAAUAUUGUUAUCGCACAUAUUUGCCAAAUUUAAUCACGAUUAUUUCAUUUCACUAAAUUAUUUUUUUUGUAAUCAUUUGUCACUUAGAUUUGUCACUUUCUGUACAUUCCAAAUUGUGUAUAGUACGUUUGCUGCUACUUGGUGCUAGUCAUCAUUUGGAAUCCUCUUGAUUAUACUCUAAAUGGUUAUGUAACCUAUAAUCUGAUGUACUCUAAUCAAAUGAAAAACAUUAAAUAAAAGGGAAAUUCUGCAUUUU